AUGGUCGAGAAAAUGAUGGCGGCGGUGGUUGCCGGAGUGGUGGCAGCGGCAGUGUUGGAUUCGGUCGACAUCUCCAGCAGAGUUCUCAACCUCCGGUAUAAUAAAUUCUCCGGCGACGUCCCCGACGACCUAUUCGAUUUGAAACUCGACGCACUUUUGAUAAACAACAACUGCUUCAAGCUCAAUUUGCCUAAAAACCUCGGCAACUCGGCUGUUUCCGUCUUGGAUAUCGCGAAUAAUGACCUCCGGGGGUGCCUGCCUCAGGGGAUCGGGAAGAUGGCAGCCACGCUCAACGAGAUAAUCCUCGCGAACACAGGCCUCGGCGGCUGCUUGUUGGAGGAGAUCGAGAAGCUGACGAUUUUCGACGUCAGCAAAAACGACUUCGGUGGGAGCUUGCCGGAGUUGGUGGGGAAUAUGAAGAGCCUCGAGCAGCUCAACGUCGUCGGGAACAAGCUCUCCGUCCAGAUUCCGGCGAGUAUCUGCUCGCUGCCGCACUUACUCUGA